AUGUCUGCACUCGCCCUUCUCAAUAUGCUGUCGGCGGACAGCCAUUCUGGUAAUGCCUUGGCUCCUCGACUACAUGAGGAUAUCACAUUGGAUAUCGAUCCGUUGCCUUCCAUCCAACGGAAAGGCCUAAUCGCCAUCACUGUCAUGGCUUUCAUGUCCUUUUUGGCAACAGGAAGUCUCUUGGCUUUCAUCACCUACCGCCUAAUCUUUUGGAGGGGAUCAUACACCAGAUACAUCGGUUACAACCAAUACAUUAUUCUCAUCUACAACCUGGUCUUGGCCGACUUUCAACAAUCACUUGCUUUCUUGAUUUGCCUGAAAUGGAUCGCCACUGAUAAGAUCAAGUCCGGCACAGCCGCCUGCUUCCUGCAAGGAUUGUGGCUUCAGAUCGGAGAUCCGGGCAGUGGUCUUUUCGUCCUGGCCAUUGCCAUUCAUACGUUCCUAUUGGUUGUCUGGGGCCGCAAAAUGUCUUACAGAACCUUCAUCAUGUUCGUCUGCGGUGUUUGGGCUUUCAUCGCCGUGAUUGUGAUCAUCCCGAUCGCCAAAUAUGGAGCCGAUGUGUUCGUGCCGUCGGGCGCCUGGUGCUGGAUUAACGCGGACUACGAAACUGUUCGCCUAUGGACUCACUACAUCUGGAUCUUCUUCGCCGAAUUCGGUACCGUCUGUCUCUACGCCAUCAUGUACUUCCAGCUCCGCAGACAAAUCUCCCAAUCCUCCAUCCUGGGUAACAGCCAACUCGAGAGUCUGAAGCGCCUCCGCCGCGUUGUCGGAUACAUGACCAUCUACCCCAUCGUCUACAUCGUUCUUUCGCUCCCUCUCGCAGCCGGUCGUAUGGCCACCGCAAACGGCAGCACUCCGUCCCUGACCUUCUUCUGCUGUGCUGGUGCGAUCAUGACAAGCUCCGGCCUUGUGGACGUCGUUCUAUACACUCUCACCCGCCGCAACCUCAUUAUCGACUCUGAGCCCAGCCAGGACCACUCAUACGGCAAGUUCGCAAGCAGCAAGGGACGCCGCGGAGAUCAUUUGACCACCAUCACCGCCGAGCCCAAAUCAAGGAAACAUGGCAUCUCCCAAAACACAGACCGCGAUGGCUCGACCGAUAACAUUGUCCAGCCGAGUCUUGAAAUGGGCCCCAUGGGCAAGGUGUACCAGGAGACAACCAUCGAGAUCACAACGGAGCCUGCAUCUGCGUAUCCAUCGGAGGGUGCCAGCGGACGCUCUAGCAAAGAAGACUUUGCGGAGCCAUCAUCACGGGCGUGGAACCGAUGA